UACUAUUGGUCGCCAUUUGUAUGAAACGUGCGAAAAGAAGACAACGAUGUUAUAGAAGAUCUUUGUUGUUGUUUGACAAUAAACAUUUUGCCUGAAUAAAUAAUAAAGCAAACCAAACACAUUCAUAUCCAUAGGCACAACUGUAAGUCUGGUAGCAGCGCCUUGUUUAGGAUUAACGCACUGAAAAAUUUAACAAUGACUUAGAGGGAUUAACAAUCAACAGCCAAGAUGGAGGGUGGUGUUGCCACUAUGCCUAUGGGCAGACCAUUCCAACCAAGCAAUUACCAAUAUAUGCCACCCAAGCCAAAUCAUCAACAACUGCAGAAGCCGCCUAGUUACCAACAGCCACAACAGAAUGCCACCCCACAACCACCGGGUGGUGUUGAUCCAAGUAAAGACCCGAAUCAAGCUGCUGCAGGGCAGGUAGUUAUGUUUGACGGUAAACGGAUGAGGAAAGCAGUACACAGGAAAACAGUGGAUUAUAAUUCUGCAGUGAUUAAAUAUAUAGAGAAUCGGUGUUGGCAGAGAGAUGAUAGAGAUGUCAGGGCUGUUAUGCCAGAUGCUUUGUAUCAGAUAGAUCUGACUCCACCAUUGAGUAUGAAAACUAAUCCAAUGAACUGUGUGACCACAAAGUUUAUAAGAACAUCAACAAAUAAAUUCAGAUGCCCAAUAUUCUGUCUUGCUUGGACACCUGAAGGUAGAAGACUUGUAACUGGGGCAUCCAGUGGGGAAUUCACCUUAUGGAAUGGUUUAACUUUCAACUUUGAAACUAUUUUGCAAGCCCAUGAUACAUCAGUACGAGCGAUGGUAUGGAGUAACAACGACUCGUGGAUGAUAACUGGAGAUCAUUCAGGAUUUAUCAAGUAUUGGCAGUCCAAUAUGAACAAUGUAAAGAUGUUUCAAGGACAUAAGGAGCCCGUUCGUGGGAUCAGUUUUUCUCCAUCUGACAAUAAAUUUACGACUUGUUCUGAUGAUGGUACUGUUCGAAUCUGGGAUUUCCAGAAAUGCCAAGAAGAGAAGAUUUUGAGAGGACAUGGUGCCGAUGUGAAAUGUGUUGGCUGGCAUCCACAUAAAAGUCUGAUAGCCUCAGGAAGUAAAGAUAACCAGCAGCCAUUGAAACUAUGGGAUGCUAAAACUGGAUCCUGUCUAGCUACAUUGCAUGCUCAUAAAAUGACAGUAAUGCAGCUCCAGUGGAAUAAGAAUGGUAACUGGUUACUGACAGCAUCACGUGAUCAUCUCAUUAAACUGUUUGACAUACGUAACAUGAAGGAGGAAGUCCAGACAUUUAAAGGACAUAAAAAAGAGGCUACAGCAAUAGACUGGCACCCUAUACAUGAAGGAUUAUUUGCCUCGGGGGGUUCUGAUGGAGCUGUCAUGUUCUGGCAUGUCGGAACCGACAGAGAAUUAGGUGGAAUGGAGAUGGCUCACGAAGGCAUGGUCUGGAGUUUGGCAUGGCAUCCACUUGGACAUAUAUUGGCCUCUGGGUCUAAUGAUCAUACAACAAAAUUUUGGACACGUAAUCGUCCUGGAGAUAGAAUGAGAGACAAAUAUAACUUGAACACAUUGGGUGGAUCAGAACACGAGUUACCAGAGUUUGAUUUAGACAACACCACCCCAAUAGUAACAUCUGUGUCAACUAUACCUGGCGUGAAUGAGGGAUCAACAGAAGAUUUCAGCAACAUGGAAGAUAUGUCAGAACAAGACAUAUCAAUACCAGGUUUAGACUGGGAAACAGAUGCUCAAUUCUUAAAGGACAGUCAUAGAGAACAUAAUCAGAGACGAAAGAUACCGUACUCCCGUCCCAUAGACAGAGAGUUCGUUCAUGCAUGGAGAAGUAAUAAACAACCACCAGCAAUAUCUGGUGAAAAAGUAGAUGAAAAACCCAAAGCACCUUUACCAAGUUUAUUGGAAUUGCCCUCUGUUAAACCAGCUGGGGAUUUCAACCUGGAAACUUUGAAGGAUGAAGAGGGUGAUAGACAUGGGAAACAGCUUAGACAAGGCAGAAACAAAGACUUCCAGAGAGAUAAGAGAGGAUUUCCUGGUCGGGACAGAGAUGAUCAAGAUGGCGACAGAGAUGAAAGAGAUUCCCGCCAUGACAGAUCCAGAAAUGAUUCUCAAAACAUGGAUGAUUUUGAUGAACGAAUGGCAGAGGAAAACUUGAUUGAGCUCCAAGAGAGAAUGGAUAGGGGAGAGGACAUGAGGGAUGAUGAAAUUAUGGAACUGCAAGAUGGAAGAAUGGGAAAUAGGAAAGGAAUGAUGGGUAAUCAGCAAGGCAUGAUGGGACCUAAAGGAAUGAUGGGAGAUAGACCAGGAAUGAUGGGUAAUCAACAGGGAAUGAUGGGUAAUCAGCCUCGAAUGAUGGGGCCUCAAGGGGUAAUGGGCAAUCAGCAAAACAUGAUGGGACAGAACAGACCAGGUCUUAUAGGAAAUCAACCACCAGGCAUGAUGGGUAAUAGGCCAGGACUUCUUGGAAAUCAAGGAUUAAUUGACAAACCUGGUCCUGGAAUGAUGGGAAAUCAACAAAAUAUGAUGGGACAAAAUCGGCCAGGAAUGUUAGGAAAUCAACCUGGUGGCAUUCCAGGACCUGGUCCUGGAGUAAUGGGACCUAAAGGCAUGAUGGGUGACAGACCUGGAUUCAUGGGAAAUAGAAUGGGAGGUCCAAUGGGACCGCAGGGCAUGAUGAGCCCUGGAAACAGAAUGGCUGGUCCUGGACCACAAGGUGGUCAGAGAAUGCCAUUACUGGGUCCAGCGCCUGGAAUGGGUGUUCAAGGAGGACCAAAUAUGAACAGGCCUUUUGAUAUGGACCAAGAUUUUAGAGGUCCGAAUCAAAAUCAAGGCAAUAAUAGAGGAGGUGGUGGAUUUAACGAUACUGACUUUAGAAAUCAAGACUCAGAUUUUCGUCAAGAUUCUGAUUUCCGUGGUGACAGUGACUUGCGAAAAAGAAAUCGUGAAGAUAGGGACAAUAGAUUUCCUGACAGGAAUCAAAGUUUUGAUCAAGACAGGAAGCAGCAUUUUGAUCUGGACAGGGAUAAUAGAUUUAACAUGAAUAAAGAUCAGAAUAGACAAGAAGAAAUGAUGGACUUUGAUGACCGUGAUUCAAGGCCAAGGGGUGGCUUGGAUGACAGUGAUUCAAGGCCAAGAGGAGGGUUAGAUGGUUCUUUCCGUGAAAAAAGAGACAAUUUUGGUGAUGGGAAUCAAAGAGAGAAUUUUGGUGAUCGAAAUCAAAGAGAAAAUUUCAAUGAUAGAAAUCAAGGUGAAAAUUUCAAUGACCGCAAUCAACGAGAUAACUUUGGUGAUAAUAGAAAUCAAAGAGAUAACUUUGGAGACAAUAGAAACAGAGACAAUUUUGGUGGUAACAACAGAGACUGGAAUGAUCGAGGUGGACACAGGGGAGGGAGGGGAGGUAGGGGUGGUGGAAGAGGAGGCAGAGGAGGGUGGCGAGGAGGAAGAUAAUCAUUUAUUGUUCACAUGUCUCAAGACUUACUACUCAGUGCUGAAUAAGAGUUUGAACUUGUUUAUGAUCUCUAUAUUGCUUUAAAUGAGUUCCACAUGAUUUAAAUCUUCAUUCAGAGAUCAUCAGAGUCAAAACUUGAAGGUCAAAGGUUGCCUUUAUGAAAUGAGUCUUACAGGCUGAACUAUUCUUUAAAUUUUGGAACCUCUUGCAAAAAUUUCAAAAGAAUUAUUGUUUAAAAAAAAGAAUAAAAUAUAGAGAAAGUAAAUCAAAAUUAACCCAAUUAAGCUCAAUUCUAAGAAUAGCUUAUGGUGAUCCUGUGCUUUAUUUAUAAGGUAUAGGAACUACUGUAGUGUAUGAGCCUUGACAGUCCUCUUUAAAUUAAGUAUUUGUUCUAUAAAAACUUGCCUUUCCUAAGAAAGAUAGUGUGAGGUAUUGGCAUUACUUGGUGUAGUCUGUUAUCAGUUAUGCAAUAUUAAACAUUAAUCUAUGAUGCAAAUGCCCCAUUAAGGAUAAAACUUUGCCUGCAUCAUUAUUGGGUGUCUUCUUUAUUCUUGUUAAACUGGCAAGGAACAAUGAUAGUUGCUGUUAAUGUCAAAAGAAAUAUGCUUACGGUAGAUCAAAUCUGUCAAAAAAAAUCAGAGAAAACUUGUUUGGAAUUAAUUGGCGAAAAAUAUUUAGGAAAUAGUGUGGGUGAGAUUGUCUUGAAGAAUUAUAGUAAGGUUUUAAAUGACCAUACUUCCCAUCAGACAUGGCUGCAAUUUCUGAAUAUAUAUUUAAAAAAUGUUAGAAGAGAUUAGACAAAUGACUUAAAUAGUGCUAUUUAUUGUUGUUGUUGCAAGAACAGAUCUAGAGCAUUUGACAAAUAACUUUAAUAGUGCUUUUCAUUGCUGUUGUUGCAAGAACAGAUCAUUUGGUUUUAAAAGAAAUGGAAUCUGAAAAAUAAAUCAAAUGUGUUACGACACCCAAACACUUCAGUCCAUUUAAUAUCUUCUCUCUGAUCUAGAAUGAUUUAAUUUCAGCUCAGCUGGUACAAACGAUAAGUCAUUAUGUUCAAUAUUUAUUUUACAUUUUUUCGUUUUUCACAGAUAAUCAUUUUGACAUUAAUCAUUCAUUCAUCAAUUCAUUAUUUCCUUCAUCAAUUCAUUCAUUCAUUUCAUUGGACACGAGACAUUAUUGUAUAAAAAGAGUUGUAAGCAUCUGUGAGUGAGUAUAAGAAACAAAGCACAUCAAAAUGAUUUGCUUUUCAACAUUGUAAUACUGCUUACUAGAAAAAUCUUCAAUUUAAGAAAAUCACUAUAAAGUCUUACUUUUUGAAAUAUGAUGUCAGUCGAUCAUUGAAUAACUGUUUAUAAUUAACAAGUGUAUAAAAAAGUAGACUUUACUGAAAUUCAAGAUAUUCAAGGUACAUACAAAUAAGCAAACAUACAUAUAUCUUUCCUAUACCUUGCCUGUUUUGUGGCAUUCAAAGUAAGAAAAUUCCACAAUAUAUAUCGAUUCCAAGAGAUACCAUACAAUUAUAAAACUUGAAUAAAUGUUUGUACCUAAAUUCUUAAAUGUACUGUAAUGUUAAUGUUCUAGAUGUCAAAUUUUUAUGAUACUGGUGAUGUUGAAGAAAAAUUUCAUUUGUCAAAAUAUGUACAAUGAAAGGCAUUGAUAUGCAUUAAAAUUUUAUACUAUUUAUAUUAAGCAGUCUGGUUAUUUGUAUAAAUAGAUAAUUUCAUGACAAUUUGAUGCUUAAGGUCUAAUUUGUAAAUAAAA